CACACCAUGACUGACAUCGUGAACUCAAUCUCUGCGCAAUUGCGCAUCUCUCCCACCCUGGAGAUCAAUGAACUAGUGUCGAAGGCUCGCACAGAAGGUAAAAAUGUUAUCCACUUGGGCUUUGGCGAGGCCACAUUCCCCAUCCAGCGAGACGUCCUUGAGGCCCAUCGAGACGCAUCUAAUGAAACAAGCUAUAUGCCGGUAGCCGGUAUAGAAGCCUUGCGAGACUCUAUUGCGAGGUUCAACUCGGAUCGUGUAGGUGUUGAGAUCGGCCCUGAUCAGGUCGUUAUUGCUCCUGGGUCAAAGCCCCUGCUUUUCGCCUUGUUUGAUAUACUAGACGGCGCUGUGCUACUCCCUCGCCCCUCGUGGGUCAGUUAUGAGCCACAAGUGCUGAAUGCCAGGAAGAAGCUUUUCUGGGUUGAGACGGACCCUGUUGAUCGUCACAGUAUUACCGAAUCAUCUCUGCUCUCUGCCUACCAGAAGGCAAUCUCAGAGGGAUGCGUCCCUCGGAUUAUGCUGAUCAACAGCCCAUCAAAUCCGACAGGCCACGUCUUCUCCGACAAUUGUAUCCGAACUAUCAGAGAAUUCUGCAAAUCAAAGCAGAUAACACUGAUAACAGACGAGAUCUAUUCCGAUAUUUGCUUUGAUGACGCUCAGAAGGGAAUCAGCGCGUUUGAUAGCAGCCCGGAUGGUUCCGAAACUGUCAUCCUUACCGGGGGACUAUCAAAGACAUACUCAGCCGGUGGCUGGCGCGUGGGCUAUGCCAUAUUCCCCCCAUCCCCAAAAGGCGAAACCAUCCGCAAGACAAUCCUCGCAUAUGCUUCUGAAUGCUGGUCCGCAGCCUCUACGCCGGCCCAAUUGGCAUCCGUCAAGGCUUUUUCCACGGACCAGGCAAUGUGCAGAUACCGCAAAUCUGUGACGGCCUUGCAUAGAUACUGUACUUCGAGGCUCUAUUCUGCGCUUAAGAAACUCGGACUAGAUGUUAGCGAGCCCGGCGGUGCCUUUUACGUCUACCCGUCCUUUUCACCAUAUGCAGGGCAGCUACAGAAACUUGGUAUUUCUACCAGUGCUGCCCUUUCGGCGUGGCUUAUCCGGGAGUGCGGACUUGCUGCUCUACCGGGUUCUGCGUUUGGAGAGGACGAUGAUGGGCCUAUGUAUGGGCGGUUCCGGUUAAGGAUGGCUACUAGUUACUUGUAUUUCCAGAAUGAGGAGGACCGAUAUGAGAGGGGAUAUGAGCUGCUGGAGUGCUGCGCCGCUGGGAAAGAGAUCGAGCUGCCUUAUUUGGAGGAGGCGAUCAAGGCCCUGGAGAAUGCUGUGCAGAAGCUGCAGAACGUCUGAUGGCAUAUAUAUCUAUCUUUAAUAUUUAAGAUAUUUAC